GUUCACUAGGCUCCACUGCCGGUGUAAGUGACAUUUUCAUCCGAGGACAGCGACGGUUGACGGGCUCCGUGGGCGCUGCUCUGCCCGCGCACUCCGCGCUCAGCUGAUCCACGGUGACCGACCCGCCUCGGUGGAGUUGGGGUUGGUGACCCUUUUUCAAGUUGCUUUUUGAGCAGAAAGGACUGUUAACCCAGCCCCACCCGUUCCUCUGGGGGACCGAGGAAGGCUGGGCGAAGAUGGGGAGCGCGAUCUCUUGCUGCGUGGCUGCCAGCCCCAAGCUCCGCAGAAACACCCACUCCAGGCUGGAGUCGGACCCGCACGAGUCCGAGCUGGGCAGGGAGGAGACGGGAUGCAACCUGCAGCACAUCAGCGACAGGGAGAACGUCGACGAGUUAUGUAAGGAGUACAAUCCGUCGGAGCAUCCGCGGGCCAGCACCAUAUUCCUCAGCAAGUCCCAGAACAACGAGGCGCCCUGCAGGGAUGUGCGAGAUAAACGAAAAAGCCUCUUCAUCAACAAUCAUGGAACUCUGAGGCGUAAAUUCAGCUCCUGCUCCACCAUCUUCCUCGACGACAACACCGUCAGCCAGCCCAACCUCAAAUACACCAUCAAAUGUGUAGCACUGGCCAUUUACUACCACAUCAAAAACAGGGACCCAGAAGGAGGGAUGCUGCUAGAUAUAUUUGAUGAGAAGCUUCACCCUCUUUCAAAAUCCGAGGUGCCGCCGGACUACGACCACCACGACCCGGAGCAGAAGCAGAUCUACCGGUUUGUCCGGACGCUGUUCAGUGCCGCUCAGCUCACUGCUGAGUGUGCCAUCGUCACCCUGGUCUACCUGGAGAGGCUCCUGACCUAUGCAGAGAUUGACAUCUGUCCGGGGAACUGGAAGAGGAUUGUUCUGGGUGCUAUCCUGCUGGCCUCCAAGGUCUGGGACGACCAGGCCGUCUGGAACGUGGACUACUGCCAGAUCCUCAAGGAUAUCACCGUGGAGGACAUGAACGAGUUGGAGCGCCAGUUCCUGGAGCUGCUGCAGUUUAACAUCAACGUGCCGUCCAGUGUGUACGCCAAGUAUUACUUCGACCUGCGAUCGCUGUCAGAGACCAACGACCUCAGCUUCCCCCUGGAGCCGCUAAGCAGAGACAAGGCCCAAAAACUAGAGGCGAUUUCCAGGCUGUGUGAUGACAGGUACAAGGACGUACGGCGGGCUGCGAGGAAGCGCUCUGCCAGCACGGACAAUCUAUGUGGCAUCAGAUGGGUUCCUGCAAUCCUCUCCUAAUCCCGAUUCAUCUGCCAUGCUCUCACCACUGGCAUCAAGCUGCACACACUGGCUGGAUGAGGAAACUAUAGUGGAAACUGUACAGAGUUCAAAAACUUCAGUUUGGAAAGCCACAUGAUACUAAGAAUUGGAACUUGGUGGAACAGCGAUUAAUAGC